AUGAAAGUGCCGGCAGAGUCGUCGAUUUAUUGGGACUCGGUCGGUUCCCAACAUUCCACUUCCGUUGGAAGCUCUGGAGACGCCUGCAGUUCCGGAAGUGCCAGCAGGCACUACGUCGACCCGUGGGACCUGGAGAACUAUGCGUACCUGCGACGUCACAGCGUCGCUGGUUUGACGCAACAGGCGUCGAGACGCCAUCGACGACCAGCUUACAGGUUGACACAGGAGGCACGUGUUCACUCUGAGUACUGGUAUUCUACGUCGGUGAGAGAGCCUGGCUACGACGCGCCUGCUUUCGUGGAGGAAUUGUAUUGUGGACCAGCCAGGCCUGCAAACAAUAGUUGCUACUAUCAUCAGCCAAUCUACGAGGACGAGGUACCGGAUUACGUCGCCCCGUUUCCGGUCUACGCGCCUCUCUCCGAAGUGAGACAUGGUGAAUUUAUGGAAGACCAUAGGCGACACAGGUACAUAUCCAGCUCGAUGAGAGAUUUGCACAGAUCCUUCAGUGCUGAGCCUCCUAACCUAACACCGAUGGACUCUAUAGAAACGGAUAUCCCGGACUAUCGUUCGCGACAAGACUAUCGAUCGAUCGAGCAAGAAAAAUACAUGGUACAAAUUAUUCCUCCUCCGCAUCUCGAUCUGAACACGUAUGGACAUCUAAAAAUCGAUUACACGAACAGUUGGAAUUCACUGAAUCGAAAAAUCACUAAAUAA